GGGAAAUGGUCUAAAGAGUAGCUACCUUGACAAGUGGAAUUAAUAAUCAAACCUCUCCCUGUUUUCUCAUAGAACUCUCCAACUCCUAAUUUCUCUGUUGCAGAAUCCAAAUUCUUCGCAAUCUCGAUUGAAGAAUUUGUAUUCACGACAACGAGUUCCUUAUCCUUAAUCCUCUACACACACUCUCACCAAUAGUUGAAUCAAUUUGACCAAAGAAAUUCAAGUUUGGAAUUGUUGCGAUGGCAGAAGCAGUGGUGUCGACUGCUCUGGAAACCCUGCGCGAUUUGUUGUUGGAAGAAGCAAGGUUUUUAUCUGGCGUGGGCGACGAAGUGAAGGAGCUCGAGUGGCAGCUGAAAGAGAUGAAGUGUCUUCUCAAAGACGCCGACAAAAGGCGACAUGAAAGCAAAACCAUUCUCAAUUGGAUCUCAGAGAUCAGAGAUCUUGUAUACAAAGCCGAAGCUGCCAUUGAAAGACACGCAGCUUAUCAAGUGUCUUCGAGGAGAAGACGAGGCCUCCGCAGAUGCAGUUGUAGUUUGGGAGAAUACAAGUCGAUCCACCGAUUAGGCUCCGAGAUUUCACCAAUCAAAUCCCGUCUUGAAAGGAUAAACAAGGAAAUGAUGGAAAAUGGCAUAAAGAAGAGCAUCAUCAACAGUAGAGAUGGAGGGGCCAACAACAUGUCAAGGAAGACUUUCCCCGAAUUCGAGAUCGGAGAUUGCUUCGUGGGGAUGGAGGAUGAGCUGAAGCAGCUUGGUAAUCUCCUAAGGCGAGACAACGAGGAUAGAGUUGUAUCAGUGUGGGGGAUGGGGGGAUCAGGCAAGACCACCAUUGCCAAGAAGCUCUACAACGAGACCGGCUUCGAUCGUUGCGCGUGGGUUUGCAUCACUCAGCAAUGCCAGAGUUUUCAAUCAGUUUGGGAGGAUGUUCUGAAGCAGCUAGAGCCACAAGUAAGGGAGGAAGUUGUUCCAAGCCUGAGCGAGUCGGAGUUGAAUGAGCGACUGUGCAAGGCGCAAAGAGGGAAACGAUGCCUCGUUGUUUUGGACGAUCUCUGGAAAGUUUCUGAUUGGAAUGAGUUGAAGCAUCCCUUCCUCGUCCAUGAUUUGCAAAGCAAAAUCUUGAUCACCACGCGCGAACAGGAAGUUGCCGAGAUUGGAUCUCCUGUAAAACUUGGGCUUCUAAAUAUGGAAGAUGCUUUGGAACUGCUCAAGAAGAAAGCAUUUCCACAUACCAACAUUCCAGACUUUGCAUUGGAAGAAAAUUUUGAGAAAAUUGGGAAAGAAAUGGUGCAGAAAUGUGGGUAUUUGCCAUUGGCAAUUUCUCUACUUGGUGGGGUGUUGAGAAUGAAAAAUUCGAUGAAGGAGUGGGAGUUAGUAAAUGAGGAUAUCAAAGCAUUCAUAUAUAGAGACGAAGGUGAGAUUGAUGGAGUGCUAAACUUAAGCUAUGAAAGUCUACCCUAUUAUUUGAAGCCUUGCUUUCUCUAUAUGGGUAUAUUUGAAGAGGACGAAGAUAUAGAUGUUGACGAUCUAUAUAGUAGAUGGAUAGCACAAGACAUGAUUUCAUAUGAGAAUAUUCGAGACAAGGACACAACUUUGUUUGAAAUCGCGGAGCUCUACUUGGGUGAGUUGGACUCCAGGUCCAUCGUCCAAGUUCAAAUUCACGAUGGUGUCACACCUGGAAGAAAAUAUAGGAGCUGCAAACUUCAUGAUGUAGUAAGAGAAGUAUGUUUGAAAAUGGGAAAAAGGGAGGAUUUUGGUGUGCUGAGUUUGGAGUAUCAAACUGGGAAACUAAUUAGUACCUUACUACGACAAGCUUCUUCUGAUAUGAAAAUACGACAUUUGGUUAUCCAUUUUAGGAAAAAAGUCGAAUUGGAACCUGACGAGCUUGGAGAAGAUAGUAGCAAACGUUUAAGGACUCUUCAAAUGUUCAACCACAGUAAUUCUGUUGAGCUUCCCCAACAAAGUAUAGUUGAUUUUCAGAGAUUCAAAUUGCUGAGAGAUCUAUUUAUGGUGGGAUUCAAAUUUGCAGGAAGAAAGUUAUCGAAAGGAAUCACUAAUCUUGUGCACCUUAGACGUUUGCGUUUAGAAGAAUGUGCAUUUGAUAAGCUACCAUCAUCCAUAAGGAAUUUGGUAUACAUGGAUACCCUUGAUUUAACUGACUCGAUGAAUGUUGAAGUUCCAAAUGUUUUUAAGGAGAUGCUACGUUUAAAGCACUUGCUUCUUCCGGAGUAUGAGGAAAAUAUUGGUAGUUAUCGAUUAACAUUGGACGAGGGAGUGGUUGAAUUGGAGACCCUAUGGGGGUUGGAUAGUAGAGUGCAUGAAUUAAAAUGUAUGAACGGAAUGAAGAAUCUGCGAAAUUUCUCAACAAAAAUACACGACAACAAAAGCUUGUCAACCAUGAUCGAUGCCAUUGCUAUCAUGAUCAAGUUAGUAUUUUGUAUGGUUGAAAUCAAAGAGUGUUGCGAGUUAGGAACAAAUGAGGGAGUGUUGAACAAGGCACUCACAUGUCCCAAUAUUCAUUACUUGUCGAUUGAAGUUAAGUUAGGGAAGGCCCUGGCAGAGUGCGGGCGUGACUUCAUCAGCUCUAAACUUACAGAUUUGGAGCUACGAGAAUGUGAGAUUGAGGAUGAUCCAAUGGGGAUACUGGGGAAGCUUCCUUGCUUGACAGAUUUGUAUUUAGGGAGGAAAUCAUUUGUCGGGAAGGAGAUGACGUGUCCAUCAAACAGUUUUCCACGCCUCAAGACGCUUUUCCUAUGUCAAUUACCAAAGUUGAGGGAGUGGAGGGUGGAGGCGGGAGCCAUGCCCCUUCUCUCUCAAUUACAGAUCUGGAAUUGUGAUAGUCUAAAGACGGUUCCAGAUGGAUUGAGUGGCAUUUCUACUCUUCAGGAACUGAAGAUCAAUGGAGAAUUGGGAAAGAGGGUAUCGGCAUCAGGAGAGGAUUUCCACAAAGUCAGUCAUGUCUCUUCAAUUAUCAUCUGAAACUAGUAAUAAACAUAUAAAGGAGUAUUUACUUUGAAUGAUUAGUCUUGAUAGAUAAAAAUAGUAAGGUUAAUCCCUUAUUUACUUUGUUGGAUUGAAACUUUGGGAUAUCUUAAGGCCCUUAAUUAUUUUUAGCAUUUAAGUAAGUUUUAUUU